AUGUGUGCCCUUUUGUGGCAAGCCGAGUGUGACCUCGUCACACUUGCUAUUCACCCCGAACCCUCUCUUUCUAUGGGCUUAACCGACUCGGGCCUCCAAUCCGGAUCCCCUCAUUGUCUCGCAGAUCCGUUCCUUCACUUUCUGGUUGACCGAUUUCACUCGGAUCUAGUCCCAGUGUGCUUCUUAAUUCACGCGCUAUUUGUCAAGGCCCUAGAAGCGCGUGCAUUGCCGCCUCACCGAGCAGUGCGCCUACGCUCUGAUUGUCAUGCUUGCAGAUUUCAGACAUUUCCUUCCUCGAUUAAACCCGUUAUCUGA